GACAAGCACAUGGCGCCGGCAUUUUACGUUGUCUAACCUAAUUUCAAAAAGCCAGUGCAGAGCAGGGUAACUUUUACAUUACAAGAUUACAAAUUAAAAGCUACAUACUCUUAAUAUAAAAUUUCGACGCAUUAAAAGCAGAUUAAACUAUAUGAUUUGUUAAAAUAGUUAAUUAAUAGUCUGUACUUUAAGAGAAUGGAUCGUUCAAGUGUAGCAAGUUCGUUGGGAAGAACGCUAUCCUCCCCGAGAAAUGUCCGACUGUCAAUAGUCCAGACGUUGAAGAAAAAUAGUUCCGCAACGAGCGUGUCUGGACGCACAAAUCAGUCUGCGCAAGUAAUAUGCAGAACGCAGAAUCACCUAGUAGAAAGUUUCGGAUCUCCAUUGCCGGUCCUGGUUACCGAGGCAUUAACGUUCGUGGAUCGCAACACAGCUGUCAGUGUCAAUGUGUCUGUGAAUGGUUGGGCUUGGCUCGUGCAUGGCCGCAAGUUACUAGUGUGGCAGUGCAAAGCCAAUAUGCACGAUCCCAAGCAAAGAAGAGCUUUCAAGACGCAGUGUCGUGAAUUAUUACUACCUCAAAGUGAUUUGGCUCAUAAGGCAGACUGUAUAGCAGUUUGGGUACCUCCUGGUCAUCAGGUUCCUAGCUGCAUGGCAGUGUCGCCAGAAGGAGUGGUACGCUUCUGGGCGAGUGUGGCACACGAGGGAUCCUCCGUCGAGACCAGCGCCGAGCUUGCCGGCCAGGAAGUAGACUGUCUAAUACACGUACCAGGCCAUGGGUGCAUUUUGGCCACGACCACGUGCACGGUAGCGCUCUUACAGCCACAAUUCAGCAACGGGAAAAAUAAUAUCACGUGUCAGGUGCUGCGAACGAGUCCAGGGUGGUUUGGUGGUAUCGGUCGUAGGAUGACCUCCCUCAUCUUUGGGGCCAUACCGCAGUCGCCCGUCGCGGAAACGAAACUGGUAAAAGUUACGUGCACGCCGCUGGGCGAGAGGGGCUCGAGAGUCCUCAUUCUUGCCGGCUCCUCCCUGCAAUACUGGUACUUCGUUCACAACGAGCAAGAGAAAAUGGAAUUCGACGAGGACAUCACGCACAUCGUCCAACAAGCGUUUCAGAGGAAGAUCUGGGAAUCGAGCCCUCAGAGCAUGAACACGUGGUUCAUCGACAUGCAAACGUGCGAGGAAGGGAUAGUCCUCCUGAUGGCGGCUCACUGCGCCGACAUAUCCAUCCAGAUCCAUUUCGCGCUCGGGCUGCUGCCCUUGGUCGGCACGACGCUGUCGAGCUCGUUCAAGUGGUUCAUACCGAUCAAGAUCGAUCCGCUGCUGUAUCGCGACGACAUAGAGUCGACGCUGGCCUCGUAUCAUUUCACACUGUGCGGCUGGGAGGCAGUCAUUUACAACCGGCACAGCGUGCUCGUGGUUAACACCGCGUCCGAGAUCGAUCAGGAUAAAAUCGAUCUGGUGAGAGGCAGCGAGGACAGCAUACUCGGCGGCGCUAUAUGCUCCGCGACGCCGGUGUUGUUCACGAAGAGCGUCGGCCUCGUGUCCAUCACGCCCAUGGACUUCGCGACGCAGGACUUUAGCACGGCGUACACCGACACCAGCAUAAGCCUGGACUAUACCUACAAGAUGAACCAGUCGGCGCAGAACUUCUCCACUCUCAUCAGUAACGACGAGCUUCAGGACAUGCACUGCAGCUCGGACGCGGCCACGCAGUUACGCGCCGCAUUCCUCCUGAGUUUGCGGCAGAGGAAGGCGCAGUGCGACGAGAUUCUCUUACAGUUGUUUCCUCUGCAACAGGAGCCGGUGAUGGACAUCGACGCGACUCUCGACACGCUCAUCCUGAGAGUCGCGAAGGACCUGAUCGACGAUUACCCGGCGAACGACCCGAGAUGGACCCACCUCAGAGACGAAUCGAUGACGGUGAAUGCGGUCACCUCCAUGCAGAUUUCCCAUCAGUUGGAAGGGAAGCAGAAGGCUCUGGAUCUGUUCAUAGUGUUCCUGAAGGAGUACAAUCUGUGGAACAGAUUCUGUGCGGUCACGUUCCGGAGAACCAUCAUGUCGACGUCGCACGUGCUGGGCGAGUACGCGGAGAAGGUGAUCGCCGCGCUGACGCUGUACAAUCUGCAGAACAGAUACGCGGAGGUGAUGGACGCGGUGAUAGAGCAGACGCUGGAGCAGAAGGAAGCGCGCGUGUCGGACGAGCUCACGGCGCGCGACGUGUUCUACCGUGAGGUGAGCACGGUGCACCUGUUCCUGACAACUCUGGUGGAGAACGCGUGCGAGGUCACGCAGUCCGAAAGGCCCCUGCAACAGAUCGGACAGUACAUCAUGCAAGUUAACGCUAUCCUGCUGGCCGUGCUGUACGAGGUGGUGAAGUAUCGUCAGUAUAACGCCGAACGUUUCGUUCCGGUAAAGUUCUCGAACGAGACAACGGAGUAUCUGCCGUGGACGGCGGCACCGGGUAAGCACGGCUUGAGGAACUGCCUCAACGCCAUGCAAGGCAUCACCGUCAAACACGGCGUGACGGGCACGAGCGAUUCCACCGUGAGGAACGAGCUGUACGAGCAGCUGGUCAGUCUAAUCGAUUUGAUAUUGGACGGGAGGAAGUGUCAUCUCGAGAGCAUCCGCGGUACGGAGAAAUUCGAAGUUCUCCUGAAGCAAUACGAGACGGAACGUGCCAGUCUGAUACAGCCGUUGAUAAAGGAGGAGCAGUACGACAACGCGGCGAUGCUCGCCGAGAAGUACUGCGACUUCCCGUCGCUCAUACAAAUCUGCGAGUUGACCAACAAUAAGAGUCGGCUCGACGGCUACAUCGAGAAAUUUGCGGCGCAAGAUUUUGCGGGCUUCCUGUUUUCCUGGUACGUGAAGGACGGCCGUCAGGGACAGUUGGUCGAGAGAUGCAGGCGUGGCGGUACCGUGGAGUUAACCGAGAAACUCUCGGAGCAUCCCUAUCUAUCCUGGGUACAAGCGGCACUGACUGACGAGCUGCGACUCGCUGCUAAUACGCUUCACACCUUGGCGGUGCAAGAGGCCGAGCUGGUUACUCGUAAGAAAUCAAUGUUAUCGUUGGCAAAGCUGGCGCUACUCGCGUCGGAGGAAUCCGAAGACAAUGUAGCAGACUACGUGAAGACAAUCGACAACGAGCUGGCGCUCAUAGCUUAUCAAGAAGAUGUGCCGGCUCAGGUGCUCACCACGUACGGCUACGACAUCGAGAAGUUGAGGGUGCUCGUACCCAGAGAGUUAAUUAUGCUGUAUACCUCGAGCGACAACGUCAUAGCGAACGAGUACGAUUUCAAAAAGGCUCUCGAUUUACUCGACUACGUGGAACGCGAGGAGGACAAGUUGUCUCUGAAGUUACAAAUUUGGGCGCGCGCGGCUCGGCGGAACCAGUGGGACAAUGUGGAGAAGAACCCGGAACAACAGAUUCAAGAGACAUUGUUCUUCAAGCUAAUGGAUCUUACGUUCUUCAUGGGUGGGAAGGUGGACGAAUUUCUGCCACACAUCGAUAUGCUCCUAAAAGAGCCAGAGCUUGGAGAGCUUGCCGCUUCGAGUAAUUUCCAGUUUCUUAUAAAGUUGAUAUACGAAUACGCUUAUCGGAGUUAUUGAUGUGGGAGACAUUUAUUUGUAAGUAUCCAUCACAGUUUGUAUUUUUGUAUACAAUAAAAUAAAUUGUUGGCGAUGUGAAAUUGAGAGAAAGGCGACAGUAUUACGUUAUACAUGAGAAUUUCAUAUUAAAUUUAUCUAUAAUUAUUUAUAUACAUUUCUGUGACACUUUUUUUAAAUAUCUGCGUUACAAACAUGAAAUAUUGAAGGUUCGCGGGUAAUGAAAUAUAAUUGGAAUUGUUUUAAAUUUAUUGAGCAAAUCUUACAUGUUGAUGACGGUUAGUUGUAAGUAUAAAUAAAGUACUAUAAAUGUAUUUAUAAA